CCACCACCUUCUCUUCUUCUUCAAACAGGUCAUAAAUUGUAAUGACGAUGACGAAUUGGACGAUUUACAAAAGGUGGUAAAUGCUAAUUGAGCGACAUCUCUUCCGACCAUUCGCCAAAGUUGCCACCUUUCAUUGAUUCACCCACUUCCAUCUUGUUGAAAUUGGCUGAAACACAGUCGAUUUUCCCGAUUUACGUGCCUCUCUUCUUCUCUCUAUCAGUCGUGAUCCUGGUUUGAAUUGGCCAUGGUGAGCUUACGAAGACGUAGGCUCUUGGGACUCUCCUCUGGUACAGGCCAGGGUUCCUCCUUCGGUCCACUUCCUGCAAAUUCUGAGAGUGGAAAUGGAGCACCGAACAAAAGUCCGGUCAGUACUCCUACCUACCUUAAUGACUUCAAUAUGGAGCAGAAAGAGUCUGCUGUUUCUAAAGAGAGACCCCAGUCAUCGAAUUCCUAUGCAUAUGAUUCUACUGGCUCAUCAAAGGGGAUGACAGGCGAAGAAUAUCCAGUUAAACGGAGAAAGAGGCAUCCGCGAAAACAUUAUGGAAACCAAGAACCGGGCUUGAUGAAAGGUGUCUAUUUCAAGAAUAUGAAAUGGCAAGCUGCUAUAAAAGUGGACAAGAAGCAGAUACACUUGGGAACAGUUGGUUCACAAGAAGAAGCUGCUCAUUUGUAUGACAGGGCUGCUUUCAUGUUCGGGAGGGCACCGAAUUUUGAACUCCCUGAGGAAGAAAAGCAAGAACUUAGGAAAGUCAACUGGGAGGAGUUCUUAGCCAUGACUCGUACUAUGAUCGCUAGCAAAAAGUACAAGAGACGAGCCAAGGGAGAUCUGCUACUGAAGUCCAGUGAGCCUUCUCUUAACAACAGUGAUCAGGAAAGCAAUAAUGUUGUUUCCCCAUAUGCUGCAUCAGAAGAAGGCAAUAAUGGUGUUUCCCCUGCUGCUGCUGCUGCAGAAAUAGAAGAAGUAAGAAGCAAAAAUAGUGUUUUCCCUGCUGCUACUACUGCAGAAAUAGAAGAAGCAAGAGACAAAAAUGGUGUUUCCCCUGCUGCUGCUACUGCAGAAAUAGAAGGAGGAGGCCAAAAUGUUGUUUCCCCUGCUGCUGCUGCAGAAAUAGAAGAAGAAGCAGGAGGCAAAAAUGUUGUUUCUCCUGCUGCUGCAGAAAUAGAAGAAGAAGCAGGAGGCAAAAAUGUUGUUUCCCCUGCUGCUGCUGAAAUAGAAGAAGAAACAGGAGGCAAAAAUGGUGUUUCCCCUGCUACUGCUGUUGCAGAAAUAGAAGAAGCAGCAGGAGGCAAAAAUGGUGUUUCCCCUGCUGUUGCUGCUGAUGCAGAAAUGGAAGAAGCAGCAGAAGGAGGCGAAAAUGGUGUUUCCCCUGCUGUUGCUGCUGAUGCAGAAGUAGAAGAAGCAGCACAAGGAGGCAAAAAUGGUGUUUCCCCUGCUGUUGCUGCUGAUGCAGAAUUGGAAGAAGCAGCAGAAGGAGGCGAAAAUGGUGUUUCCCCUGCUGUUGCUGCUGAUGCAGAAGUAGAAGACGCAGCACAAGGAGGCAAAAAUGGUGUUUCCCCUGCUGUUGCUGCUGAUGCAGAAAUGGAAGGAGUAGCAGAAGGAGGCAAAAAUGGUGUUUCCCCUGCUGUUGCUGCUGAUGCAGAAAUGGAAGAAGCAGCAGAAGGAGGCAAAAGUGGUGUUUCCCCUGAUGCUGAGGCAGAAAUAGAAGAAGCAGCAGAAGGAGGCAAAAGUGGUGUUUCCCCUGCUGCUGCUGCAGAAAUAGAAGGAGAAGGCAAAAAUGGUGUUUCCCCUGCUGCUGCCCUGUUGCAGAAAAAGAAGAAGAAGCAGUAACAUCUUCUGUCUCUUAAAACAAAUUUAUUUAAAUUUGGAAGCAGCCCUCUUAAUCUCUUCAACAAAAUAAAAAACUCGAAAGUUUAAACGCUGUUUCCAAUUGGGGCGUUCUCUAAACAACUUAUACUGGACCCCUUUAGACAGACAGAUAGAAAAACGGUUUAUCAUAUCAUACAUAACAGCAGCAACAAUUGAUAUACUUUUUUCAUUUCAAUUGACAACUUAUAUGGAAGACAUUCAUUAUAUUGCAUCUUAAUCUUAAUCUUAAACCUAGACAAUCUGAAUCUCGACUUGAGGGAGAUCAAGUUGAUGAAUUUGUAUAUCAUAUGAAGUUUUUCAAAUAUAGAAUUACAGGGCAAUGUAUGAGUCAUAUAUAUGUCAACCCUAAUAUGACUUGAAUGGUUAUAUGUUUAUUAUAAGUUUCAAAUUGGCAUUAUUAAGAUAGGUAUAUAUCUGACUCAUGAUUUCA